CGGCAGAAUAAAAAUGGCCAAUCCCGCCGAGAUACCCAUUUGAACGGUAACCCGGAAAUAAUAUCAUAAAUUUUGAUCAGCUGGACAUCAUUUCUUGCAACUUCUUUUGAACGGUGCGCUAUCGACGACUCAAAUCAGGAAACAAUAUACAAAUAAAACCUCAUAUUCAUUGGUUCUGUUUUAAACCCGAAACAAUUGAGCAAAAUGGCUUCCGAUAAACCUAUCACUCGUGUGACCUUUUUCAAAAUUCCAGACCCUGCGGAUCAACAGAAGCUUAUCAACAUGUACAAGGAGAUGCCCAAGAAAGCCACAAAGAAUGGAAAGCCUUACAUCCUUUCGGUUACCGCCGGCUCUACUUUUGACGACCAACGCAACCAGGGCUUCACCGUAGCGGUGAUUUCAUCAUUUGCAUCGCUCGAAGAUUUCGAGUAUUAUGAUAAGGAAUGCGAAGCUCAUGCGGCUUUAAAGCCGGUGGCUAACUCUAUGCACCAAGGGAUUAUGAUGGCUUAUUUCAACAAUGCCGUGGCAUAGGUCACGCUCAUCUCCCUUCCGGUUCUGGUGGAUACCCUAAAAAGGGGUAUUUUGUGUUAUUUCUUCGUUCAAUUAGUGAUAUAGCCUUUAUAAACCAUCGAAAAUCUCUAUUUUAAUAUGUUUAAA